AUGCCCGUUGAACAGAACGACAAGACCAUCGUGCUCACCCACCCUUCCGGUGCCAGCGUCGAAAUCUACCUCUUCGGCGCGACUGUCACCUCGUGGAAGACUGCCGGUCGCGAGCGCAUCUUCCUCUCCAACAAGGCCCACCUCGACGGAUCUGCUGCUAUCCGUGGUGGCAUUCCCGUUGUCUUUCCCGUGUUCGGCCCCCCUCCCUCAUCGCCGCCCGAGUACGCCGCCCUCGCCCAGCACGGCUUUGCCCGUACCCAGACAUGGAAGCUUGAGAAGAUCCUCCUGGAUCGCAGCGAGGGCGUCUCGGUCCGUCUCGUUGCGCCGCCCCCUCCCGCGACCUUCCCCCACUCGUUCGAGCUCCACUACGUCGUGACGCUCGCCGCCCACGAGCUCGUCUGCAACCUCCACGUCCUCAACACGGGCACCGAGGACUUCAAGUUCCAAGCCCUCCUCCACACCUACCUGGCUGUCCCCGACGUCUCCAAGAUUGCCCUCACGGGUAUCGACGCCGGCACCAGCUACAAGGACAAGGUUCUCGGCGGCGCGGUCGGCGCCGCCCCCGGCGGCCCUCUUGUCAUUGACCAGCAGGUUGACCGCGUCUACGCCAAGGUCCCCUCAAAGGAGAUUGGUCUUGACGACGGUGCUGGCGACCACUACAAGGUCCGCUUCCGCGGCUUUGAGGACUGCACGAUCUGGAACCCUGCCGACGUCACCGGCAGCAAGAUUGCCGACAUGGAGGACGGCGGAUGGAACCGCUACGUCUGCAUUGAGCCCGGAUUCGUGAGCGAGUUCAAGUCGAUCAAGCCCGGAGAGCAGUUUAUCGGCCAGCAGACCAUCUCUAUUGCCUGA